AUGAAAUAUCAAUUACCUGAUAAGUAAAACUCCUCUGAUGAGUUCAACCUAACUUAAACGAACAAAAAUGAAUCUAUAUCUGAACUUUAGAUAGUUCAAAAUAGGAAAAUCGGCGGCAUGACCUCGUAGCUGAAAUUGGUAUUCUUUGAAAAAAUACAAUAACCCUCAAUAUAAUUAAUUAGGAAGUUAUAAGGGAUGGAUUUUAACGUUUCUCAAUCUAUGUCUCUAGGCUCAAGAGUUAAUCCAAGAUAAUCAGAUGAAUCCUUGCAGAAAAGAAGGAAUUCUGCAUUUAUUAAGAUUAAUGAGCGAAGUAGUAAUGACUCUCAAGAGAAAUCAAUGGUAAAGAGAAUAAGCAGAUCUCAAACUCUCAUCAACAUUGAUAUCUAAAAUGGAGAUCCAGGAGGAAGCGAAAUAUAUGAUUAAAGAACAAGGUAAAAAAGAAAAUCAUUGGUAAGAAAAUCAAGUAACGACGAAUUUGAAUAUAUCGAAGAAGAGAGAAUUUCUAACGAAAGAGAAGUUAAGGGCAUAUUUAGAUUGAAUGAUCCAAGAACUUCUCGCUGGGAUAUGUUAAUCAUCAUCCUUUCUUUUUAUAAUUGCUUUUCGAUUCCCUUUUAAACAGCUUUUGAUCCUCCAGUUAUGGAUAGCUUUUAUUUUCUAAUAUUCAAUACUGUGAUAGAUUUUUGUUUUUUCAUGGAUAUAAUUGUGACAUUCAGAACAACUUAUUAUGAUCCAAUAUCAGGUGAUGAAGUAUUUGACAAGUAUUUAAUAGCAAAGAAGUAUCUAACUGGUAGGUUUAUUAUCGACUUCCUUUCUACUGUCCCAUUCGAUAAUAUAGCAAAGCAUGCUAAAGUUGAUAAGAGUAACAAGUCUUUGAGAUUAUUUCAAAUGAUAUUUUUCAUCAUACUCUAUCUUCAUUGCCUUGGAUGUGUUUGGUUUUUAAUUGUUAACACUGAUUAGAAAUGGGUUCCUCCAUUAGACCAAAAUUAGGGCUACGAAAAUUUCUACGAUGAUUCUAUUUUCAGAUAAUAUUGGGUAUCAGUUUACCAUGCUGUACUAAUGCUUACAGGCAAUGAUAUUAUACCUGAUGGAGAUUUUUAAAUAGCUUUUGUUGCUUUAUCAAUUGCACUCGGAGCUAUAGUGAACGCUAAUAUAUUCGGUAGUAUGGCAAUUAUACUAUCUGUUUUAAACAGGAAAACUGCUGAAUUUUAAAACUAAAUUGAUAUUGCUAAUACUGCUAUGAAGAAUAUGAAAUUGCCUGAAGAUAUCCAAAGGAAAAUUAUUAAUUAUCUUCAAUACACUCAAUCAACAUUAGCACACUAAGAAGAGCUUGAUAAAUUUUUUGAAAUGUUAUCCCCAAGUCUAAAAAAUGAAGUAACAAGAUUUAUCUUCCAAACUGUUAUAAAUAAGAACGAAAUCUUUUCAUAUAAAGAGAGUUUAGUUGAUUUUAUAGUUUAUAAGAUUGAGCUUGAAAUGUAACUUCCUGAAUAAAUGGUCAUUCAGUAAGGUGAAAAGGCAUUAGCUUUUUUCUUUUUAGCUAAAGGAGAUUGUGAAAUAUUCGUUAAAGAUGAAAGAAAUAGAGAAAAGUAUGUAAAGACAAUAAAUCCUGGCGCAUACUUUGGUGAAAUUGCAUUGAUUACUUCUCAAAGAAGAUCUGCUACUGUCACUACAAAAAACUAUACAACUAUUGGAUCAAUUACAGUUGAAACUUUUCAUGAGAUGUGCUAUUUAUUCCCUGAUGUUUAUUUGAAAAUUAAAGCAAAUAUGAAAAAAUAUUAAGAUAGAUAUAAAGUUUGGUAAAAAUUUCAACUUAGAAAGUUAAGUUUUCUCUCAGAUUUGAGCUUUGACACUCUAGAAGAACUUUCAUAUUCACUAAAAUAGGAAUAUUACUAGUCUAGUUAAGUGAUAUUUAAAAUAGGUCAGGUUGUUGAUAAAAUGUAUAUUCUCGUAAGUGGGGAGUUAGAAAUUUAUGUGAGCUUCAGAAACUAGGAAGUUAUUCUUGAUACUAUUACAAUUACUGGAAGCUAUCUAGCUUAAUUAAGUUUUUUAAAUCGCUAAAAAAUUACUUAUUAUGCGAGAGCAAAGUCUGAUGUAACUAUGCUUUCCUUGACAUCAGAUGUCUUUGAUUAGUUAAGAUAAAAUAUUAAUGAUCUAGACGAGAGCACAUUGAAAGAAUUAGAGAAGAUAGAAAAAUAGGGCUUGCCCAUUCUUGAUUAUUAGAAGGAAUAUAAAAAGAACCAGAAGAGUAACCCAAUAGAAAUAUUUAAAGGCUGUGUCCGAAGAGUGCAAAGUCUUCAUAAAUAUCAUAAGAAAAAGGAUACAAAACUUUCAGGCUUAAUGAAUCAAAUGGUCAUGAGAAAACUUGAAGAAGAAAGAAAAAGAGAAAAAUAGCGAGAUUCUCUACUUUAAUCUAUAUAACCAGUGUUAAACUCAAAGAUAAGUAAACUCAUUACAGAUAAAAUUGAGAAAAUGACAAAAGUUCUUGAACUUUAGAAUAUGAAAUUAAGCUAAAUAACUAAUUGCUUUGAAGUCAUAAAGCCACGUGCAUAUGUAACUAGCUACACAUAAGGACAGGAAAUUAUGGUGGAAAAUUAACCUUUUAAUGAUGAGUUUAAGAAGAGUGUCAAUCCUUAGAGCACUGAUAACAAUCAUCAUUAAUGGAGCAACUCAAUUUUGGAAAGUUCUAAUGGUUCUAUAUAAAGUGCUUCUCAUAUUAAUAAAGAGUAGAUAGUCACACCAAAUAUUCUGGGUCAUAAAAAUGACUCAAUAAUAUCAGCUAAAUACAGUUAAAAUUCAAUAGUUUCUGAUUGA